AUUUAAUACACAUGUCGGUGUGCAUACAAACGAUCUCUUGUGAGCAGACAUAAUGUCGUUGUCGAGAAAUAUCAUCAAAUUUAACACGCAUACGUCAGCAAGAGAUAAAUUCUACAGGACGUUCCAGUAUGGUGCCAGGCUGAUUGCUUGGUAUCUUGACACAGGGAAAGAUGACCCUCUCAUCACACGACUGCGACGAGUGGAAGCAGCACUCUCUUUGUCCAGGAAAUUGUUCCGGCUGGGCAACACGGUAGACCUGGCAUACAAGACCAUUGACUGCUUCAGCAUUGAUGACUACAGGCUGAUGAUACUCAGUGUGACUGGCACUCUCUUCAAGUCUGUCUGGCUGUUCCUGGACCACUGUCUCUGGUUCUCCAAGAUCGGGGUGCUACAGAUUGACCAACCCAUGUGGAGCAAGUGGGCACUGAGGGUGUGGCUUGUGGCACUCGUCGCUUCCACAGCUGCCGAUAUCAAGAAACUCAAAAUUAUUAAAGCAAAGCUUGAGAAAGAGAUACGGCUGAAGAGGAGAGUUGAGGGAGAGAAAAUAUCCCCUGAAAUUCAAACUGAACUUCAUAAUGUACAGACAAAUUUUUAUAAGGAUUUCUGUGAUAUGUUUAUUCCCUUGUCAGGCCUGAAUGUGUUCAACCCGGGAGUUGGGGCACUCUGUGGCGUGAUUUCCUCACUGGUCGGCUUCCAGCAGGAGUGGGAAAAGCACAUCACACCCUACACACCCACAUUAUGAUGGGGAGAGAGGGGGGAGGGAU